AUGACGACGACAUUCUUAAACAAGUAUUUCCCACACCAUAAGACCAACAAUUUGAAACGACAGAUCUUGAAUUUCGCUCAGAAGGAAAACGAAACUCUCUAUCAAGCUUGGGAGCGUUUUAAAGAUCUGUUAAAUCUGUGUCCCCACCAUGGAUAUGAAAGUUGGCACCUCGUAAGCUAUUUCUACGAUGGACUCACAAUCCGAGAGCGCCAAUUUGUCGAGAUGAUGUGCAAUGGGGAUUUUCUCCAAAAGGAUCCUGACGAAGCUAUCGAGUACCUGAAUGAGUUAGCUGAGAAAGCUCAUACUUGGACUGGACCGAGUGCUACUGAGAGCACCAGUAGGUCCCGACCAGUUGGAGUUUAUCAAUUAAGGGAAGAGGACAGCCUCAAGGCCCAAGUUGAAGCUUUGACGAAGCAAAUUGAGGCCCUCAAAAGUAAAGAUAGUAAAGGACCCAACAUGGUGGCAAGGACAGAGGCACAUGAGCCUUGUUUAGUUUGUGGUGGAAUGGGCCAUCUAGCUCAGGAUUGCCACACUUUAAGUGAAAUGAGAGGGCUCUCCGACCUGCUGGGAAAGUGCCGGAAAAUCAAAGUAAGAAAGGAGCACUUGACACAAUUGAAGAUCAAUCUUUCCUUACUACACGUGAUCAAGCAAGUGCCAGCCUACGCCAAGGUUAUCAAGGAUCUGUGCACCAUAAAGAGAAAGCACCACGUCAAGAAGACUGCAUUCUUGACGAAACAAAUGAGCGCGGUGAUUGAGCAGAAAACACCGCCGAAGUAUAAGGAUCCAGGUUGUCCUACCAUUUCUUGCCAGAUCGGGACACAUGAAUUCGGCCAAGCGUUACUAGACCUAGGAUCGAGCGUGAACCUCAUGCCUUAUUCGAUCUACUCGCAAUUGGGUCUUGGAGAGAUUAAGCCCACAACUGUGAUUCUGCAACUGGCCGAUAGAUCCAUUAAGAGACCACGGGGAAUAGUGGAAGAUGUUUUGUUGCAAGUCGACAAGUUUUAUUACCCCGUGGACUUUCUUGUCUCGGAUACACAAUCCGUGGUGAAUAUGGAGUCAUCCAUUCCCAUCAUUCUAGGAAGACCCUUCCUUGCCACAGCAAACGCACUUAUCAAUUGUAGGAAUGGUCUCAUGAAGAUAUCUUUUGGGAAUAUGACCCUUGAGGACAGAGGAACCAAGUUUGGGUCACCAUGUUUUCAGGAGCUCCCAACAGAAGGAGAAAAACCGAAAUCAUCCACCAAGGAGGCUCUAAAAGUCAAGCUAGCCCAACCACCUGAGGGCUUAAAAUAUGCGUUCUUGGGAAAUGAAGGCACAUUCCCAGUCAUCAUCUCGUCUAAACUCGAUGCAUUGCAAGAACAACGAUUGAUUGACAUGCUAAAAGAGCGUAAUUCCAGGAUCAAGGUAAAAAUGAAAGUGGCUCAUGACAAGCAGAGCCUGAGGAAGAAUUACUUAGAGCGGGUGAACCAGGUAGAAGAGAUCAUUCUCGACGACUCCGUUUACCAGCCCUGA